UCCACACUCUGACUAGAAAUGUAGUUGAGGAGAAAAGCUAAAAAAAUUGGCAACAUUAAUUCAUAAUAUUGAAAACGGCUCUACCAAACAGGUUAAACAACCCAGAAUUAUGUACAUUUAUUACAUAUAUACGUGACUAUUAGGUUAGUGGGCGGUGGGGGCGUGGCCACUACUUGGACACCCGCAACCUGUCAAUCAUAUUCUGUGGCGGGAGCAGAAACGAGUGUGAGUGAAGACGCCUAUGGUUGCCUUACUUUUCAUAUUACUGUUUGACAUCGUGUGUGCGUUUGGACAAAACCACAGUGAACGCAUAGAGGAGCUCACAGAAGUUCACUGACCGCAAUAUUUAAUCUGUGUAAACUGACAAAAUCGUCUUUUACAUUUAUUGAGUCGGUGUUUUUUUUCCUCUAGUCGAGUCGACGCCAAUCACCAAACCAAAGAGAUACCUGCCGCCGACGACGCAGGCUACUCUGUCUUUUUUUUUGCAAUCUCUACUGUCCAUCAACAGUUUAUCGUACCAUUUUUCUUCUUUCUUCUCAGAAAGGAAUUAUUCAGUAACUUGUUUCAGCAAAUUCCAACAGACCUGCUCAGGAUGCCUUGGAUGCGCGUCUGUCUGCCAUGGAGUUGCUUUUGGGAAAGCGCGUAGCUCUGUGACUGAACAAACUAGCCGUACUGCGGCACGACUUCGCGGAAUAAACGCUUUGCGGCUGUCUGUCCACUUGCUGAGUCGCAGGAAUGUUGUAAAAGUCGCUAGUGUCGCGUGGGACUGGGGGACUGAGAGUCGAAGAAGGCGAAGAGACCACAGCAGGUGCGCGUGAACGCAGGAAUAUUAUAAUGGCUCUCGCGGCGGUUUCCCUCUACCUCCUCGCGCUCGCCUGGACGAACUUGCGCCCGGUCCUCGGGAACAACCGUCACGCCGUGUACUGGAACAGCUCAAACAUCCACUUGCGGAGAGAGGGCUACACUGUACAGGUCAGUGUCAACGACUACCUGGACAUUUACUGUCCACACUACAACCAGAGCCAGCGGGGGGCGCUAGAGCGCGGUGUGGCCGAGCAGUAUGUUCUCUACAUGGUCAGUUACCGAGGCUACCGCACCUGCGACCCACAGAUGGGCUUCAAACGCUGGGAGUGCAACCGGCCGCACGCCCCCCACGCUCCCAUUAAGUUCUCAGAGAAAUUCCAGCGUUACAGCGCCUUCUCGCUAGGCUAUGAAUUCAACGUGGGUCAUGAGUACUACUAUAUAUCUACACCAAUCCAUCACCAUGGACACAGCUGUUUAAGACUACGGGUGUUUGUCUGCUGUUCUACAGUCUCUAAUGCAGAUGAUGACUCAAACCAGAGUCCACCUGACUACACUGUCAGACCCAAACUGCAUGACAUUGACGAGUUUAACCCUGAGAUCCCUAAACUGGAGAAGAGCGUCAGUGGCAGCAGUCCGUCUGGAGACCGACUGUUAAUCACUGUGGCGACGCUUCUCCUCGCUGCUCUCCUCGUGUCCUAGCAACCGUCUCUCCCUCUCUCUGACAUUUCUGAGCCAGUAGUCCCGAGCUCUCCGAAAAAAGAUCGCCUUUUGUAAAACCUGUGCGGGAGACUAUCCAAUCAGAACAGAUUAACCACUAGUUGAGCCCUGAACGUGGGAGCUAAAUGUAGAUCUACCGCACCCAAAUAGUGGCCUUUGUCUCCACAAUUUUGGACCUUACGAUUAAGGAUGAAAUGCAUCGUUUUCAGAAUUUGCCUUUGUGAUGGAAGGUCCACUCUUCUCAAACAUACUCGCAGAGAAAAACAAAAACAAAUCCGGUUUGACAGUGAGGUCUCUACCUUUAGGUACGUCUGUUCUCAUCUUCAGUGAACUCAUCCAGACUGGGGCAGCUCUCGAGGUGGACAUUUUGAGAUUGACAUGAGCUCAAAUGGAUAUGACAAGCAUCAUUGUGCUCAGUGAUUUGACCGCUGGACCUCAGCUGAGGGUCUCGAGGAGUAUUGGAGACCUUUGAUCCUGUCUUAACAUUCUGUCACAACCCACACUUAUGUGAAUGCAACAUGUGUCAGUCAUUGAUAGUGUUGCAGCAGAGAUCAGUAAAACUCAUUUGCCUGUCACUAAGUUCAGGUGUUAGGCUUAUGAAUCAUUCACAGAAAGUCACGGCUGCUGUUUCUGCUAGUUGCCGGUCUGGAGUCUCGUUUGUGAGCUGUAAUGGG